GUUGUUAGAAAGUUAAUGGCUGGGGGAAAGAGAUCCUCCUCAACCCUCGCUUCGGGAGAGUUUCUGGAUUCCCUGAAGUAAAAACCACGCAAAUAUCGCACGAGAAAGCGCCCGAGCGGACCUUCAAGUCAACCAAAACAAGCAUGCAGGAUGCUGUAGCCGGGACGGCAAUGCUGACGGACGGCUUCGAGGACGAGAUUGACUCGGUGACUCCUCGCUCCCCGGUGGCGGGGAUGGGGGUCGGAGCGACGCCGGGAGGAGCCGGACUCGGGGGCAUCGGCAUCGGCGUCGGUGCUGGGAAGAAAGUGCGCCUUUACGGCGAGGCGGGCGGACCCGCCGCGGACAGACUGGAUUUCAAACUGGCGGCCGCGGCCGUGCUCUCCUCGGGUCCGGGCUCCGGCAGCGACGAGGACGAGGUUUCCGAGGUGGAGUCAUUCAUUUUGGACCAAGAGGACCUGGAUAACCCCAUUAUGAAGACAGCGUCAGAGUUGCUUUUGUCCAGCGCUACAGAUGGAGUAGAUUUGAGGACUGUUGAUCCAGAGACACAGGCCCGACUUGAAGCCUUGUUGGAAGCUGCAGGCAUCGGUAAACUGUCCACUGCCGAUGGUAAAGCUUUUGCAGACCCUGAGGUGCUGCGACGACUGACGUCAUCUGUGAGUUGUGCCCUGGACGAGGCGGCAGCUGCCCUGACCCGUAUGAGAGCGGAAAACACACUCAACGCCGGCCAAGCCGACAAUUUGGUUAUUUUCAGUCGUAGUUUAGCGGAAGCGUGUUCAGAUGGGGACGUCAACGCUGUGCGCAAAUUGCUGGAUGAAGGACGGAGCGUCAAUGAACACACAGAAGAGGGAGAGAGCCUACUGUGCCUCGCCUGCUCUGCUGGCUAUUAUGAACUUGCACAGGUUUUGUUGGCUAUGCAUGCCAAUGUCGAGGACCGGGGCAUCAAGGGGGACAUCACGCCACUUAUGGCUGCUGCCAGCGGAGGUUAUGUGGACAUUGUCAAACUUCUUCUGGUUCACGGGGCAGAUGUAAAUGCACAGUCCUCCACAGGCAACACAGCUCUGACGUACGCAUGUGCUGGUGGUUUCGUGGAUGUGGUGAAGGUGCUUCUGGAAGAGGGUGCAAACAUUGAGGACCACAAUGAGAACGGACACACUCCUCUCAUGGAGGCAGCCAGUGCUGGCCAUGUAGAGGUGGCCAGGGUACUCUUGGAGUACGGCGCUGGCAUCAACACACACUCCAAUGAGUUUAAAGAAAGCGCUCUCACACUUGCAUGCUACAAAGGUCACUUGGAUAUGGUACGCUUCUUGUUGGAGGCUGGAGCAGAUCAGGAGCAUAAAACAGAUGAAAUGCACACAGCACUGAUGGAGGCUUGCAUGUCCCAGGAUGGCCAUGUGGAGGUGGCGCGGCUGCUGUUGGACAGCGGAGCACAGGUCAACAUGCCAGCUGACUCAUUCGAGUCGCCGCUUACACUUGCAGCUUGUGGAGGACACGUGGAGCUGGCAGCCCUGCUCAUAGAGAGAGGUGCCAAUUUGGAAGAGGUUAAUGAUGAGGGCUACACUCCCCUGAUGGAGGCAGCAAGAGAAGGCCACGAGGAGAUGGUAGCACUGCUGCUGGCUCAAGGUGCUAACAUUAAUGCACAGACAGAGGAGACCCAGGAGACAGCCUUGACCCUAGCGUGUUGUGGAGGUUUUCUGGAAGUGGCUGACUUCCUCAUAAAGGCUGGGGCUGACAUUGAGCUAGGCUGCUCUACUCCUCUGAUGGAAGCUGCGCAGGAAGGCCAUCUGGAGUUGGUCAAAUACCUACUGGCUGCAGGGGCAAAUGUUCACGCCACCACGGCGACAGGUGACACAGCAUUGACGUACGCAUGCGAGAAUGGGCACACGGAUGUGGCAGAUGUGCUGCUGCAGGCUGGAGCCAAUUUGGAGCACGAGUCUGAAGGGGGGCGGACGCCCCUGAUGAAGGCAGCACGGGCAGGACAUCUCUGCACAGUCCAGUUUCUUAUCAGCAAAGGUGCUAACGUGAACAGAGCUACUGCUAACAACGAUCACACAGUUGUGUCUCUGGCCUGUGCGGGAGGACAUCUGGCUGUUGUGGAGUUGCUGUUGGCACAUGGAGCAGAUCCUACACACAGACUCAAAGAUGGUUCAACCAUGUUGAUAGAAGCUGCUAAGGGUGGCCACACUAAUGUGGUGUCCUACUUGCUGGACUACCCCAACAACAUCCUAUCUGUACCAGCCCCUGACCUUUCCCAGUUCACGCCCCCAUCACAAGACGCCUCUCAGGUUCCUCGUGUCCCAUUCCAAGCUCUCGCCAUGGUAGUACCCCCUCAAGAGCCCGACAGAGCCCCAUCAAAUAUCGCCACACCCCCACCCGUCUCCAGCAAAGGUGCGUCCAAACAGAGACAGGCAGCACUUCAGCCAGGUGUCCCCAGCUCAGUGGGCCGGGGGCCUGAAGCAGAGCCUCUCCCACCCUUCCACUUGUGCCAGCCUCUAGAGUGCAUUGUGGAGGAAACGGAGGGAAAGCUGAAUGAGUUGGGCCAGAGAAUCAGCGCUAUUGAGAAGGCUCAGCUACAGUCGCUAGAGCUCAUUCAGGGGGAGCCGCUCACCAAAGACAAGAUUGAGGAGCUGAAGAAGAGCCGGGAGGAGCAGGUGCAGAAGAAGAAGAAAAUCUUGAAGGAGCUGCAGAAGGUGGAGCGCCAGCUGCAACUGAAAACACAGCAACAGUUCACCAAAGAGUACAUGGAGGCAAAGGGCUUAAAGGAGGAGCAGGAGGCAGGACAAAGCCAGGGUCCAGGUCCAGGGCCUGGGAGUACAAUGACUGCUCUGGGGUCCCUCGCCACCACACCAUGUGGUCAGGUACUAACUGGUUCUGACACGGAUGAAGAGGCUAAUAAAGACGGGGAACAAGACGAGCUGCCAGGAGAGGAAGGAGAAGAUGAAGAAGAUGAGGAUGAUGAUGAGGAUGACGAUGAUGAAGAAGAGGACGGUUCGGAGGAAGAGGCAGAUGAAGAGGAGGAUGAAUUCCCCAAGCUUCCUCAGGUGGGCACCAUUCUCUACAGGGAUGGGCCCCAACCGCCACAGCAGCCGCCUCUUCCUCCGUCGCCGCAGACCCAACCUCAGCCGCCUCCUCCGCCUCUUCAGGCUGCCUUCGUCCCUAUCCAGCCCCUGCCCGACUACAAUCCUGCCGACUAUCCAGGGAGUACCAGCCCAGAGCUGCAGAGGGUCCUUGUAGGGCAGCAAAUGUUGAGUCAACAGCAGCAGGGUCAACAGCUAACUGGGUUAGGCCCAGGAAUGAUACCUCAGCAGGCUCCAGAUGGUCUCAUGGUAGCUACACCUGCACAGACGCUCACAGACACACUGGAUGACAUCAUGGCAGCUGUGAGCAGCCGGGUGCCCAUGCUGAACACUACAACUUCACCCACACCCCUGUCACAGCCGCCCACACAGACGCCCGCAAACAUCGCCUCACCCCCUUCAGUUCUGCCCCUGUACCCCUCUGUCGACAUAGAUGCACAUACGGAGAGCAACCAUGACACAGCGCUGACACUGGCCUGUGCAGGAGGACACGAAGAACUUGUGUCUGUCCUGAUCGCACGGGGAGCCAACAUUGAGCACCGGGAUAAGAAAGGUUUUACUCCUUUGAUCCUGGCAGCCACUGCUGGCCAUGUCGGUGUGGUUGAAGUGCUCCUUGAUAAAGGGGGUGACAUUGAAGCUCAAUCAGAGAGAACCAAAGACACGCCCCUCUCCCUGGCCUGCUCUGGGGGACGACAGGAGGUUGUGGAGUUGCUGCUACUGCGGGGAGCCAACAAGGAACACCGCAAUGUCUCUGACUACACGCCUCUUAGCCUGGCUGCUUCCGGGGGUUAUGUCAAUAUCAUCAAGAUACUCCUCAAUGCUGGAGCUGAAAUCAACUCCAGGACUGGCAGUAAACUGGGAAUCUCUCCUCUGAUGCUGGCAGCUAUGAACGGUCAUGUGCCGGCAGUGAAGCUGUUGUUGGAUAUGGGUUCGGACAUCAACGCCCAGAUCGAGACCAACAGAAACACGGCUCUGACUCUAGCCUGCUUUCAGGGGCGGGCUGAGGUUGUGAGUCUGCUGCUAGAUCGCAAGGCCAACGUGGAGCACCGUGCUAAGACGGGUCUGACUCCUCUGAUGGAGGCAGCCUCCGGAGGUUACGCAGAAGUGGGGCGAGUCCUUUUGGACAAAGGUGCCGAUGUCAACGCUCCCCCUGUUCCUUCAUCCCGAGACACUGCUCUCACUAUUGCUGCCGACAAGGGUCACUACAAGUUUUGUGAGCUUCUUAUUAACAGGGGUGCUCAUAUUGAUGUAAGGAACAAGAAAGGGAACACUCCCCUCUGGCUGGCAGCAAAUGGUGGUCACUUUGACGUGGUUCAGCUCCUGGUCCAUGCCAGCGCUGAUGUGGAUGCGGCUGACAACCGUAAAAUUACCCCACUCAUGGCUGCGUUUCGCAAGGGUCACGUGAAGGUGGUACAGUAUCUUGUGAAGGAGGUCAAUCAGUUCCCAUCAGACAUCGAGUGCAUGAGAUACAUCGCCACAAUCGCUGAUAAGGAGCUGUUAAAGAAGUGCCAUCAGUGUAUGGAGACCAUUGUCAAGGCAAAAGACCAGCAGGCAGCUGAAGCCAACAAGAACGCUAGCAUUCUCCUCAAGGAGCUAGACUUGGAGAAGUCUCGAGAGGAGAGCAAGAAGCAGGCCCUGGCUGCCAAGCGGGAGAAAAGGAAGGAGAAGCGCAAGAAGAAGAAGGAGGAGCAGAAGAGGAAGCAAGAGGAAGAGGAAGGGCAAAAAACCAAGGAAGAGUUCUCUGAGAUGCAGGACCAGAAAGAGGAUUCAGCAGACGAAACAGACGUUCCUAUUGAACCUCCAAGUGCAACCACUACCACCACCAUCGGUAUUUCUGCCACCUCCACCACCUUCACUACAGCUUUUGGUAAGAAGCGAGCAAGCGUGGCCACUACCCCAAGCACCAAUCGUAAAAACAAAAAGAACAAGACCAAGGAUUCGGCGCCCAAUGAACCCAUUAUAUUACAGGAUCCGCAGGUUGCUCUAGCACAGCACAAGGCUGACAAGAACAAGAUCCAUGGUGAGCCACGGGGAGGGGGUGGGGGAGUCACAGGUGGCAACAGCGAUUCUGACCCCUUGGAUAGCACCGACUGUGCCAGUGAGAGCAGCAGCAGUGGGGGCAAGAGUCAGGAGCUCAACUACCUCCCUGACCUCACCUCCUCCGCCUCCUCCUCCUCUUCUUCUUCCUCUUCUUCCUCCUCCUCUUCAGCCCCAUCUUCAGGAGCAGCCCAGUCCCAGGCCCUCUUCCCUGGCCCAGAGAAGAGACACUGUCCUCAGCCGCAGACUGACGGCAAAAUGGACAGUAAGGUCACAGUCUCCAUCUCAAAACCGACGCAAAGAGCUCCAGAUGCAAAUGACUCCACCUCCAGCUCUCUGCCGUCUCCAUUCAAGACCAUGGUUCUUCCUGUCACCUCGCCCAACAGUAAACUCAGCCUCACAAGUCCAAAGAGAGUUCAGAAAAGAGAAGAAGGUUGGAAAGAGGUGGUCAGAAGAUCAAAAAAGCUGUCUGUGCCGGCCUCCGUUGUGUCUCGGAUCAUGGGCAGGGGGGGCUGCAACAUCACGGCCAUUCAAGACGUGACAGGAGCUCACAUUGACGUGGACAAGCAGAAGGACAAAAACGGAGAGAGAAUGAUUACCAUAAGAGGAGGCACGGAGUCUACUAGAUAUGCAGUCCAACUGAUCAAUGCUCUAAUCCAAGACCCAGCCAAAGAGCUCGAGGACCUGAUUCCCCGGAAUCACAUCAGAGCCCCAGGCUCUAAAACGACGUCGACUUCCUUCCCCAGUACUACAGGCGCCACCAGUGGUUCAACUUCUGGCCCAAAGUCUCUGAGCACGUUGGUCACGUCUACCGGCGUUUCGUUCCAACCCUCCUCAUCCGUGUCUUCAUCCUCCUCUCAGGCUGGGGGAAAGAUCGGGAAAGGGCUGUCGUCAAACGUCCGACAGCCUUUCCCAGUGUCUCUGCCUCUGGCGUACGCUCACCCUCAGCUGGCGCUUCUGGCUGCUCAGACCAUGCACCAGAUCAGACACCCUCGUCUCCCCAUGGCUCAGUUCGGUGGCACCUUCUCCCCUGCUGCCAGCACGUGGGGACCCUUCCCCGUGCGUCCCGUGAGUCCCGGCAGUACUAACAGUUCCCCCAAACACAACGGAGGAACCAGCAGCAGCGGGGCCCAGGCCAGACCUAACUCGACCCAUAGUGAGCACAGCAGCACAGCCAGCUCAGGAACGACGGUCACAACCACCAACACCCCCACCAGUGCACCCAACACGCCUGCAGCUGCGGCUGCAGCCUCACCUCACACCCCCAACCCCACACCGUAUAAUCCCCAGCCGAGCAUCCCCACUCCUUCCUCUGUCAGGAAACAGCUCUUCGCCCCUGACCCCAAACCCCAAGGUGUCGCCCCUGUGACGGCUUCCGCCACCUCUAGCGGCGGUAAUGCAGUACGAGGCACGGGCUCUCCUGCACAUUACAGUUCAACCACAUCUACCGCUAAUGCCCCUCAGCAAGGACCGGGACCUAUUUCUCAGCCCCCCAUCCAGCUAAUGAAAACGGAGUCCAGUCCAGCUGCCCCUCCUGGAAAAGACAAGCCGUCUCUACCUGUAGAGAACCAGCUUGUGUCUGUCAGCGAGAGUAUGACCUCUAUGGGUUUCAGUUCUCCUGCCAUGACUUUAGUUUCCAAGUCAGAACCUCGACAGCAGUUACCUCCCCCUCCCUCCUCAGCACCCUCCACUGAAGCCCCUGCACCCCUCCUCAACCAACAACCCAGCUCUCACCAUGCCUCAGUGCCCCCUCCGGUCCUCUCACACAAUGUUGCACACCCCAACAACACUGUUCCCCACUUCUCUGCCCCUGCACCUAGAGUGUCCCAUCGUAUGCAGCCAUCAGGGCCUUACUAUUCCCUUCCAGAGCAGCAGCAGCAACAGCCGCAGCAGACGCAACAACAGCAGCAGCAGUCUGUGUUCGUACCCUUUAGCGCUCAACAAGAACCUCCAAAACAAAACCAGACGUCCCAGUCAGCAAAUGUGCCCCCACAAGUUCAAGGCCAGGCACCAGGAUCCCUUCAGGUUUCUGCUAAUAUGGGGAUAAUGAAUGGUUCCCAAAUGCAGCAUGUUGCUGGUACAGGAAAGCCGCAGCAGUUACCUGCCAACUUCGGUCCUGCAGGUCUCUUCAAUUUCAGCAGCAUCUUUGACAACAGCAGCCAGGUGGGAAACAGUCAGGUCUGGGGUGCGUUACAUCUGCCUGCUCGAUCACCUCCAGAGCAGUCGUACUCUGCCCCGCCGGCCUACAUGGGCAUGGGCCAGAUGGAGAAUAUGAUGCCACCACCUCCUCCAGACAGCUCCAAGGCCCCUGGCUACCGCUCAGCCUCUCAGAGAAUGGUCAACAGCCCCAUCGCCUUGACCAGCUAUGCCACCAGUAUGUCUGGCAGUCCUGUCUAUCUGCAUGGUCAUACAGGAGUGGGAACGCCCUCAUUCAGCCGACAGCACUUUUCCCCUCACCCAUGGAGUGCUUCCACGUCAGGUGAAUCCCCUGUCCCGCCUCCCUCCACGGUGUCGUCUUCUGCCCUAUCCACCUCGGCUGUAGCUCCUCCGCCCCAGCCGAAACCAGGCAGCUCCUCACAGCAGGACCGGAAAGUCCCCCCACCCAUCGGCACGGAGCGAUUGGCCAGGAUAAGGCAGACGGGUUCGGUCAAUCCACCGCUCCUCACAACCAGCUACACAGCAUCUGUUGGACAAGGCGGCAUUUGGUCAUUUGGAGUUGGCAAUGCCUCAGAGGCCAUGUCUGGUUGGUCCCAGCCCCUGAUGAGCAGUCACAUGAUGCACCCGCAGCUGCAGGCUGAGCAGUCGGCCUUCUCUCAGCACCAGCCCAUGGAGCAGGAUGACACAGGCAUCGCCAACCCUGCUAACAACUACCACCAGCCUCAGCAUUUGCCCAACAGUUACAUGGACUUCCAGAAGGGGAUGCCUAUGUCAAUGUAUGGAGGCACCAUGAUGACCCCUCAUCCUCCCAUGGCAGAGGGCCCGGGGGGUCCAAUGUAUAAUGGUUUGCACGCAGGUGACCCUGCAUGGAGCCCAAUCAUCAAAGUUGUCCCAAACAAUGCAGAUAACUCUGACCCACAACAGCAGGUUUGGCCUGGUACCUGGGCACCUCAUGUGGGCAAUGUGCACCUGAACCACGUCAAUUAGAUGGUGUCCGCAGCAGUUAAAUGCACAUAGCAUGACCACAGUGCAAACGUAUAAUACCAACUGAUGAAAAUGACCGAAUGAGACUAAGAAAAAAAAAUUAAAAGUACGUGUUAACUUAAUUAGAGACCUAAAAGUCCAGAGCAGAGGUUGAAGAAUUUUAAAGUUCUCUCGACGCCAUUUUUUUGAUGUGCCUAUCUCAAACGAGGAAGAAGGAGGAAAUUGGAUUAGAGCUGUUGUCAGUGACCUGAGGCGGCAAACAAACAUGCGCGAUCACCUGUUCAACAGGGUCCGUUCUCUGAGUAGUUUAGCGAUUUUUGACUUAAACCCACAUACACCAUUCUGGGGCUACAGGGGGCUCAACAUGAAGUAGCUAUUUAAACUUGGCCCAGAACUAGAUGAGGAUGAUUACCUAAAGAGAAAGAGAAAUCAGAACCUUUUAGAGUGGUAAAUACAUGUAUAAUUGUUUACAUACUAAAAAGGGUUAAAAUGAGAGUAAAUUUCAUGUCGUAUAGUGGCUCUACUUUAUGUAGCCUGUAUUAAUGUGAAAUAUUUACCUUAAUAUUCAAUAAAAAGAUUGAAAAUUA